AUGAAAACCGUCUCUGCAUCAAUCAAUCUGCGUGGAUUUAGAGCAGGCUUAGUUUCUCAUUGGGAUCAAGCCAAUGACAAGGUCUACAAUGAAGUUUGGUCAAACGAUGAACACACCUAUAGUGUAUUGAUAGGGCAUGAAAUUUCUACCUGCAUCUUGCUUCGACUCCAGCCCUUCAGCUUGUGGUACCGCAGGCAGCGAGGCGUGGUCGCAGCCGUCGUCGGGAAGGGACCCUCACGAGGUCCCGAACUUGUCAAAUCCCUCGCGCCUCCGAUGGAAGCACUUCGCUACGUUCGCUCGUGAUAGCUUGUGGGGCCAUUUGGUAAACAUUGAACUCCAGACAUAGCUAGCAGCGGUAACAUGCAAUCCUUAAAAGAGCAUCACAUCACAGGAAGCCGUCAGGGUUUGGGACGAGAAACCAGAAUACCAAA